AUGAUCAGUGGAGCAUCUCAAGCUGAUACAGGUGAGCUGGCUAUAUCUGCUAGAAAGGGUGAAUUUGAAAUUGCAUACAAAAGAGUGUUGCUACUUGGAAGCAGUGUGGAGUAUGCAGAAGCCAAGUUUUGUACCCAGAAUUGUGAUCCUAGAGUGGCUUUUAUGACUUGUCAAUCUACAGGACCUAAGAAAUCUUUACCAAAAUGUAUCAAUUGCUGUGGAGCAUCCAAAGGCUGCAAACUUUUCCGUAAAGAUGGAACGCUUUUAUUAGGAGGUAAAGUGGAAUCAGCAGAUGGCAAGGCUUGUACUCGGAAUUGCGAUCCAGAUAUAGCUUACAUGGUUUGCCCAUCAAGUGGACAAAGGAUAAUCACACGAGUAUGUGUCAACUGUUGCUCAGCAAGGAAAGGUUGCAAACUUUUCCGUAAUAAUGGAUCUGUCAAAUGUAUUGGAACUUAG